GAUAUUCCACUCUAUGCAUUAUAGAUCUAUAGUUAUCGCGUCCCCUGAUCAUCCCGAUGAAAUCGUUCUGUCCAUCCAGGCCGGCGGUGGACGGGCAGCUGAUGGAGGGAGCGAGCCAAUCAGCAGCUAAGAAGGACUCUGAGCCGGACAGAGCCCAGAAGAAGCGCAGAAGGCCCCUAUCCUCUGACCAAGAUAACGAUGAAGACGGCGACUUGACCUCAGGUCCGAAGAAAACCAGAGGGCUUCCUUUGGGAACCAAGUCUGAACCAGACAGAGCGUCAUCCAGAGAGCCUAGAGAAUCCGACGGUGAAGACGGCGAGCCCGCCGCCAAGGGGGGGUCCCAGCUGGAAGUGGUUCUGAGCGCCUUUGUGAAUUUCUGCCAGCAGUACCGGGAGACGGUGGAGUCGGCAGCCGUCAGAAAGUCCAUCGAUCGGUUCUCCAAAAACGUGGAGGUUAAGCUCCUGGAAAAGAUCUCGUGUCUGAAGGAGUUCAGGCCUCUGAAGAGAGAAAACACAAAGAUGGCGUCCCUGAUCCAAUCGAAGAGCCAGAAACUGUUGAAAGCCAAGCAGGAGCUGAUGAGAGCAGAGAAGGAGGCGUCUCUGCUGCAGAAGAAGAAGGCGGAGCUCCAGCAGCGGCUAGCUGACCUUAGAAGAGGGCGGGCGUUUCUCCAGGACAUCAGAGGGCUCACCACGCAGUACCUGGCCUACCCCCGCAGGAAGCCCACUGAGAAGAAGACGUAUGGAGGAUCCAGUUUAGCAGCUCUGCUGCUGGAAACCAAGCUGACCCAGAGAGCCAGCAGACGUCGGACGAGAGCUGCUCAGCAGGCCAGGAAAUAAUCAGCUCCUCCUUUACAUCAACGCAGCAUUUUACACAUCAAAACUCUGUAUUAUUACUCAAUAAAUCAGUUUUUCCCCAAUGUA